UGUCUGGAUGCGGAAGUAGGACCAUGAACUUCUGAAGUUGCUGCUGCUGCUCCUCUCUCCCUGAAAGAAGAUUGAGCUUCACCCCAGACUGCAACUUCCUUCCUCUCUCCAACAUCUACUAUCUGAAGACAAAAGUUUCAAAGUCAACAGAUAAAGGGCUUAUGCCCAAAAUGUUGAUUCUUCUGCUUCUCUGAUGCUGCUUGCCUUGCUGCGCUUUUCCAGCGACGCAUUUUUUGAUUCUGACUCUCCAGCGUCUCCAGUCCUCACUUUCACAUCAAUGUCUGACAGUCACUCAGUCCAUCAGGACCGCAACAAUUUUCAACUGAUUCUGUGAGAAGGAGCAACGCGUUCUCUUUGGUUCCUGUUUGAGUACGGGGGGACUGGUUGAAAGACUCUACUGUUGCAGCGCAGUGUGUGUGGAGCCUGAAACAACUCUACUGCGUGGAAAGAGGAAUUCAUUGCGGGAUUGUACACGUGUGUGUGUGUGUGUGUGUGUGCAGCUGAAGCUUCAGCCAUGGAGAAACCUGAGGAAACACGCCCCGUUGAGAAACCAUGGAAGUGUGGUGACUGUGGGAAGGGCUUCCGUGUCCCACCUGUCCUAGCGGCUCAUCAGUGCAAUCACACUGGGGAGAGGCCGUUCUCCUGCCCCGAGCAGGCGAAGGGCUUUACUUGCUCCUGUGUCCUGCUGGCCCACCAGCAUAUACAGACUGGUGAGAGGACGUUUUACUGCUCCAUGUGCGGGAAAGGGUUCACUUGGGUGGACAACUUCCAGACCCACCAGCGAUUCCACGCAGGGGAGAGGCUCUUCAGUUGCCAUGAGUGUGGGAAAGCCUUCAGCAAUUCCUCCGACCUGCUGAAGCACCGGCGAGUCCACACGGGGGAGAGGCCAUUCAGCUGCCCCGAAUGCGGGAAGGCCUUCAGCGACUCCUCCAACCUGCUGAGGCACCGGCGGGUCCACACGGGGGAGAGGCCCUUCAGCUGCCCAGAGUGUGGGAAGGCCUUCAGCAAUUCCUCCAACCUGCUGGCCCAUCAGCAGGUCCACACAGGGGAGAGGCCCUUCAGCUGCCCAGAAUGCGGAAAGGCCUUCAGUAAAUCCUCCAACCUGCUGGCCCAUCAGCGGGUUCACACGGGUGAGAGGCCCUUCAGCUGCUCAGAGUGCGGGAAGGCCUUCAGCAAUUCCUCCGACCUGCUGAGACAUCGGCGAAUCCACACGGGGGAGAGGCCUUUCGCCUGCCCAGAGUGUGGUAAGGCCUUCAGCAAUUCCUCUGACCUGUUAUCCCACCGGCGGGUCCAUACCAGGGAAAGGCCAUUCAGCUGCCCCGAGUGCGGGAAGGGGUUCACCCGCUCCUCCAAACUGCUGGCCCACCAAUGGGUCCACACCGGGGAGAGGCCGUUUGCCUGCCCCGACUGCGGGCGGAGGUUCACAUUGUCCUGCAACUUGCGGAGGCACCAGCAGGGGCACAAGGGUGAAAAACCAUGGAAGUGUGGUGACUGUGGGAAAGGCUUCCGUGCUCCGUCUGCCCUGGAGAUUCAUCGGCGCAGUCACACCGGAGAGAGGCCAUUCUUCUGCCCUGAGUGCAGGAAGGCCUUCAGCAAUUCCUCCGCCCUGCAGGCCCACCAGCAGGUCCACACAGGGGAGAGGCCGUUCCCCUGCACUGAGUGCGGCAAGAUCUUUAGCAAUUCCUCCAUCCUGCUGAAGCACCGGCGGGUCCACACGGGGGAGAGGCCCUUCAGCUGCCCUGAGUGCGGGAAGGCCUUUACACAGGCGUCCAUCCUGCUGACCCACCGGCGGAUCCACACUGGGGAGAGGCCGUUCUCCUGCCCCGAGUGUGAGAAGGGAUUCAGUCAGGUGGGCAACUUGCGUACGCAUCAGCGCGUCCACACCGGGGAGAAGCCCUUCAGUUGCCCCGAGUGCGGGAAGGGCUUCAGCGAUUCCUCCGACCUGCUGAAGCACCAAAGGGUCCACACGGGGCAGAAGCCCUUCAGCUGCCCCGAGUGCGGGAAGGCCUUCAGCGAUUCCUCUGCCCUGGUGAAGCAUCGGCGAGUGCACACGGGGGAGAGGCCCUUCAGCUGCCCCGACUGCGGGAAAAGCUUUGCCCGGUCCUCCAACCUGCUGACCCACCGGCGGAUCCACACGGGGGAGAGGCCCUUCAGUUGCCUCGAAUGCGGGAAAGGCUUCACCCGCUCUUCCCACCUCCAGAGCCACCAGCGAGUUCACAUGCCAUCGCAGGGGGUUUGAAGGAGUGACGGCCGAGUGCCAUUAUUGACUGGACGAUCAACCCAGUUCCAGGGAUUCCGGAUUCAAUUCCCACCGCGACAGAUGGUGGAAUUGGAAUUUGGUCAGAAAUCUGGAGUUCAGAAUCUAACGGUGAAACCAUUUUAGGGGUGUGGGGGUGGAGAAACCCCCAUCUGUUUCACUCAGUCGUCCCAGCUGCAUCCUUUACCCGGUCUGGACUGUAUGUGACUCCAGACCCACAGCAGUGUGGCUUAUUCCCCCCGCCCCCCCAAAAGCCCCUGGCAAAUGGGCGAGGAGAAACUUACUUGGACACAGGGUAUGGGUUGAAAUUGCUGAGUGAGGCAAUACUUCCUCCGGGUUAUGGUUGUAAUGAGGAUCCAAUUACAAAGAGACAAUUUCGUGCUGGCCAAUAUUAAAGAAAGGGGAGGCGGGGGUCUGUGUGCACUUUGAUCUUGAGGUGUUUUGUUUUUUAAAAAUCUGCUUUGCUUUCUCUGCCUUUUUGCUGGAGAGAAUCUGAAGCUGUAACAAAGUUGGGUCACAAUAAAGGGUUACCUGAACUUA